AUGUUUUUAAAAUUUCGAGAUUGGGUAAAAGCGUCUGAUGCGGACGCAGGACUCUAUGGCUUGGUCGAAUAUUCUCUUUAUGACGGAUUCCAAAGCUACGAAGCACCUCGAGCCUUCCAGAUUGACCCACAUGAUGGGCAGAUCUGUGUUUCUCAAGAUAUUGACAGGGAAAGGGACCCAGCCACCUAUGAUCUCUUGGUGAAAGCAAGAGAUGGGGAUGAGCAGAGAAUGACACAUUCAAUGUGGAUGAAGGGUGGACUAAGCGCUCAAGCUUUUGUUCGUGUGGAUGUGGAGGACGUGAAUGAUAAUGAACCUGUGUUUAACCCGCCCACCUAUGUGCUGAGCAUUAGUGGCCAGACCCAGCCAGGAACCGAGAUCAUCAAUGUCCUUGCCACCGACAGGGAUUCUGGGGUAUACGGAACAGUGGCUUACGAGCUCAUCCCCAGUGACCUGUCCUCCCUUUUUACCAUCGACUCUACCACAGGAAUUAUUUACUUAACAUCAACUCUUGGGCAUUUGGAAUCUACUACGCUUCUGUUGAUGGUUUGUGCUCGAGAUGGUGGCGGGCUCACAUCUGUCGUUAAUGCCGAUGUCACUAUACACAUUCUUCAGACAACUCUGGCACCUGCUGAAUUUGAAAGGCCUAAGUACACUUUCUCGGUUUAUGAAGAUGUACCCGAAGACAGUCCUGUCGGAAUAGUGAAAGCAAAAGAGUCCUUGAAUUCCUCAGAGCCAAUUUUUUACAGGAUCUCCUCUGGCGAUCUGCAUGGAACAUUCUCUAUCCACCCGUGGCUGGGUACCAUUCGAACCCGGAAGCCUCUGGAUCAUGAAACGCAGCCCAUGGUGGUGCUCACGGUCCAGGCGCAGCUUGGCAGCUCCCCCGCUUGCGGCAGCACGGAGGUCAACGUAACUGUAAUCGAUGUCAACGACAACCAUCCAGUGUUUCCCAAAGCCUCGGACGAGGUCAAAGUGUCGCAGAUCACACUGCCCGGCACAGCCCUGUACCGCGCACGUGCAGAAGACAAGGACAGUGGUUGGAAUGGAUUCGUCCGAUACUCCAUUGCAAGCCAGAAUCCAGGCAUCUUUUCCAUUGACUCGGGGCUGGGCGUGGUGUACCUCAAUGCCAGCCUGGGCGCUGCUGUGGCCCAGAAGCACACACUAACUCUCAUUGCCCAGGACCUCGGUGUUCCUCCUCUAGCAUCCUUGUUCCUGCUUACAAUAGUUAUCGAAAAACAAGAAUCGAGCCCAUCCUUGAUUUUUGGAAAUUUGGUCUAUCAAGUCGAAGUUAGUGAGUCUCUCUCACUGAUGACCCAGAUACUGCAAGUACAGGCCUACCUGCUUGGCCCACAGCACAAAGCCUCCCAGCUUCUUUACUCGCUGGAACCCGGUGCAGACUCUGCCGUGUUCGCUGUUCACCCUUACACAGGUUGGAUUUAUCUGCGGCGACAGCUUGACUAUGAAUCCACCCAAACAUAUCAUUUAAGUGUGUUUGCCUGGAUCCCGGAGGACAGAUUGUCACAAAAUGUGAGCACUUCAGUAAUUGUUCAUGUCCUGGAUGAGAAUGACAAUUCCCCUACCUUCUUGCAUGAUGUGUUGUUUUUGAAAGUGGAAGAGAGCCCCCUGCCCCAAGGGGUAAUAGGCAAAAUUACAGCAAUUGACAGAGACUCGGGAAAGAACGGACAGCUGUCAUAUUUCCUUCUGUCUGAUGGAAAAUUCUUCAAGAUGAAUCCUCAUACAGGUAUAGAAUCAACCUACUCACAUACAUGGUCUUGGAAGUUGUGCUUUUACUCAGGGCUCUAUAAUGUUUGCUUUUCCUUUCCACAGGUUAUUUUGGAAGUGGUUCACAAUGCCAGCAUUCUAGUGCACAGGGUCACCACCCUCUUUUGUCCUCUGUGCCUUUCAGGCGAACUGAUCAGUUGGGUGGCGUUGGAUCACGAGCAUCAGGUGCACCAUCAGGUGACUGUCCUAGUGACCGACCAUGGCUCCCCGCCACGAAACGCCAGCAUGGUGGUUUAUGUCGCAGUUACUGACAUCAAUGAUAACAGGCCGUAUUUCCCACAGUGUCUCCCUGGAAAGGAAUUACACAUCAAGGUUUUGGAAGGUCAGCCAGUAAAUAUGUUGGUGACAACUGUGUUUGCAAAGGAUUUUGAUGAAGGAAACAAUGCAGAAGUUAUAUAUUCAGUAUCUUCAGAAGAUAGAUCUGAUCACUUCAAGAUUGAUGCCAACAGUGGUGAGAUAAGAACAACCACAGUGCUUUUGUAUGAUUAUAGACCUUCCUACAGGAUGACUGUUAUUGCCAGUGACCAGGGAGUGCCUCCUCUUCAAGGACAGGCAGUUAUUAACAUUCAGGUGAUACCACUAUCCAAAGGGAGAGCUGCCAUUUCUCAGAAUAUUAGACAUUUAGUUAUACCAGAAAACUUGAAGCCUGCAAAAAUAAUGAGCUUGAUAAAGUCACCUGAUCACUUUCAACAACACCAGGAUGGAAAGCUACAUUUUAGUAUCGCUGCAGAUGAUAAGGAUGGCCCCUUUGAAAUCGACAGCUCAACGGGGGACUUGUUCCUUUCUAAGGAACUUGAUUAUGAAAUGACAUCACAUUAUCUUUUCAGGGUGGUUACUAAAGAUCACAGCCAAACUCCUCCCUUGCAUAGCACAGUCUUCCUUAGCAUUGAUGUGGAAGACCAGAAUGACCAUUCCCCAUCUUUCCAAGAAGAGUUCCUUGUGAUAAGCGUAGAAGAGAAUGUCCCUGUAGGAACUCUGGUGCACGUCUUCCAUGCCAAAGAUGGAGAUGGCAGUUUUUUGAACAGUAGAAUACAAUACUUCAUUGAAUCCCACCACCCUGGAAUCAAUCCAUUUCUCAUCCACCCCUCAUUUGGCACAUUGGUCACUGCAUCCCCCCUCGACAGAGAGAGCGUUCCUACUGUUGUCCUGACAGUGACUGCAUCCGAUCAGGCUGUGAAUGUGACAGACCGGCGACUGAGAUCGCUGAUGGCCAAGGUAGUGAUUUUGGAUGUAAAUGACCACAGCCCCACUUUUAUGUCUUUCCCCAUCGCUCAUGUCAAAGAGGAUGCCACAGUGGGCUCCUUGGUGCACCACGUAACUGCUCACGAUCCAGAUGAAGGAAGGAAUGGAAGAGUAACAUACAGCAUUCUUUCAGGAAAUGAAAACAUGGCCUUUAUGCUAGAUGAGUCAUCAGGCUUACUAACUACAACAUGUUCCUUGGAUUAUGAAAUGAAAACUCAGCACGUUCUGACCCUGCUGGCCCUGGAUGAUGGCGUCCCGGCACUGUCCUCGUCCCAGACUUUGACAGUUUUUGUUCUUGACGUAAAUGAUGAGGCACCAGUAUUUAAGCAGCACCUGUAUGAAGCUUCCGUUAAAGAAAACCAAAAUCCAGGGGAGUUCGUCACAAGAGUUGAAGCUAUGGACAGAGAUUCAGGAAUCAAUUCCAAGCUUCAGUUUGAAAUCAUGCUGGGUGCAUCGUCUGGGCUGUUUGAGAUAAAUGCUGACACUGGCGAGGUGGUGACAGCCACCACACUUGACAGAGAAGUUCAGGAAGUCCUCACCCUCCGAGUCCUUGUUCGAGAUGGAGGAGUCCCUUCCUUGUCCGGCACCACCACCGUUCUCUGUACUGUGGAAGAUGAAAAUGACCAUGCUCCGAAGAUCAUUGUCCCCGCCCAUGACAUUGAGGUUCUGGAAAACCAAGAGCCAGGGGUUGUCUACACUGUUUUGGCCUUCGAUAUGGAUACUGGCAAUAAUGGAGCUGUCAAGUAUCAUAUAAUUGAUGGCAAUACUGAUGAGUACUUUUCUAUUAAUGAAACAUCAGGAGAACUCUCAACCACUCAUGCUUUGGACCGAGAACAAGUCAACAAUUUUGCCCUUGUCAUCCUGUGCUCUGAUCUGGGGGACCCCCCAAGAAGCUCUCUAGUGCAGUUGCAAGUUAGAGUCUUGGAUGACAAUGAUCACAGCCCUUCCUUCCCCAUGCUUCAGUACCAGUCCUUCGUGAGAGAAGAUGCUGACGUGGGAACAGUGGUUCUUGUGCUGUCCGCUGUGGACAAGGAUGAAGGCCUGAAUGGGCAAACUGAGUAUUUCCUGACAGAUGAGGCUGCUGGUGCCUUCACCAUCGAUCCCGUGGCAGGCAUUUUGAGAACUGGCCACGCCCUCAACCGAGAAGCCAGAUCUCAAUAUAUAUUUCGGGCUGUGGCCAGAGACUGUAGCAUCCAGGGCUCAAGAAGCACCACAGUAACGAUAAAAGUGCAUGUCACUGAUGUUAAUGACAAUGAUCCAGUUUGGGAACAGAACCCCUUAGAUAUUUUUCUUUCCCCUCAGUCACCUAUCAACCAGACAACUGCCAUUCUGAGAGCCAAUGAUCCAGACUUGGGGCCCAAUGGAACUGUCAUUUUUAGUUUUGCAGAGACCCAGUCAGUCUUUUCUAUUAAUAAAUAUACAGGAGAGAUUCACCUUCAGCAAAAUCCAUCUUCAGAACAUUUUCCAAUCUGGCUGCAGCUUAAAGUUAUGGACCAAGGGGUCCCAGCUAGGACAGCCAUUGGUCUCUUGAUUGUUCACAUGGAAGGAGAGGAUGUAAAGAUGUCCUUCAGCCACCAUCUGUAUAAAGGAAUUGUGACUGAAAAUUGUGAGGCAGGUAGUUCUGUCGUGACUGUAAAAGCCUUUGCUUCAGAGUCAAUUCAAGACCACAUUAAAUAUUCAAUUUUUAGUGGAAAUGAAGAUGGAGUUUUUUCCCUGUGCUCCAGUUCAGGAGAACUCACUGUGAAAGAACCCAGGUUUCUUGAUUUUGAAGUCAGAAAUGAAGUACAACUCAUCGUUUUAGCUGAAAGCAGUGGGCAUAGAGCCUACAGCAAAAUAGUCAUCUUGAUACAAGAUGUGAAUGAUAAUUCCCCAUGCUUUGGGCAAAGCAUUUACCAAGUAUCAGUGCCUGAAGGCAAGUUUCACCAUGCUCCUAUCAUACAGGUUUCUGCUGCCGACCUGGACAGCGGGUUGCACGGCCUCAUUGAGUAUUCCCUUCUCGCUGGCGAGCAAGCACAGCUGUUCCAGAUUGACGCGCGGAGCGGCGUGAUAACAGCAAAUGGGAUCCUGGAUUAUGAGUUCACCAGCUCCUACAGCUUGAUUGUGCAAGCCACAGAUAAAGGGAUGCCCAGGCUUUCGGGUACCAGUGUGGUCAAGAUACAGGUGACUGAUGUAAAUGACAAUGCCCCGGCUUUUCUCCCCCUUGAAGCAGUGGAAAUUCCAGAAAAUGCUUUGCCUGGUGUAAUUGUGACUCGAAUAUCAGUCCAUGAUGUGGAUUUGAAUCCAGCUUUCAUCUUCAGUUUCGCCAAACAGAGUAAUCCUGGAACAAAGUUUGCUAUUGAUCAGCACACUGGGGUGGUGGUGCUAGUGAAAACAUUGAAUUUUGAAGAAGCUACUGAAUAUGAGCUGCUUAUCCAAAUUUCUGAUUCGGUGCACCACACGGAGGGAGCACUCAUUGUCCGUGUGUUGGACGUCAAUGAUAACCCACCAGUGUUUUCUCAAGAUUCUUACCAGGUCACCAUUCCAGAAUCGGUGCCUGCGGGGUACUCUGUGCUGACUGUGGCAGCCACAGACUCAGAGAGCAAUGAGCACAUUUCUUACAGAAUUAUUUCCUCUUCCACAGAAUUCUCCAUUGAUCCUAGGAAUGGCACGAUAUUUACGACCAACCCCAUAGUACUUCUGGAUGAAAAAUCAACAGUUCAGUUUCUUGUUGAAGCCAGUGAUGGUGGAAUUCCUGACCUGAGGGCUCUUACCUUAGUGGAGGUAGAAAUACAAGAUAUGAACAACCAUCCCCCUGCGUUUGCAGUAGAAUAUUACAAUCUUAGCCUGAGUGAAGAUGCUCAAAUUGGAGGCACGCUUGUCACCUUCUCAACCACUGACCAUGACUGGGCCCCUGAAAACACACAUGUUGAAUAUUCCAUCAUCAGUGGUAAUUCGCAGAACAAUUUUGAUGUGGAAACUGGUUUCCUUCAUUCAGAAUAUCCUUCUAAGCAGGUUGGUUAUUUGGUGUUGCUUCACAAUCUGGACAGAGAAGCAUCUGCCAGUCACAAGCUUGUCAUUCUGGCAUCUGACCACGGCUGCCCUCCACUGACUUCCACCGCCACGGUGUCCAUAGAAGUGCUUGAUGUCAAUGAUAAUCCACCUACAUUCCACAGUCUGACGUAUCACGCGCAUGUCAAGGAAAGUACCCCUCUGGGGAGUCACAUCACCGUGGUGUCAGCCAGUGACCGCGAUGUGGGUUUACAUGCAGAAAUCAUCUACCACAUCAUCUCUGGGAACGAGAAGGGGCAUUUUUACUUAGAAGAGAGAACUGGGGUCCUUUAUUUGACUAAGCCUUUGGAUUAUGAAGAAACGAUAAAAUUCACGUUAACCAUCCAAGCUUCAGAUGAAGAAAAGAAACAUUUUUCUUUUGCAGUUGUGCUUGUCAGUAUCCUAGAUGAUAAUGAUCAUGAACCCCUGUUUCUGUUUCCAAGACUGAACUGUGUUGUUCCUGAAAAUCUGCCUGUGUUCUCCACCAUAUGUUCUGUAAAUGCUUUGGAUUUUGACGCAGGUCCUUAUGGAGAAUUGACCUAUUCUAUUGUAUCCCCCUGUCCUGCCACUCGUGGAGCACCUCCUGACCAUGAUCCCUUCCUCAUUGACCCUCUGACGGGGGAUAUUUAUGCUAAGCAAGUCCUUGACUAUGAAAAUGACAAUAGAUACUGCCUCACGGUUCAGGCAAAAGACAAAGGUGACUCCACAGCCUCCUUAAUGGUUUGGGUCGAGAUUGAGGGGAUAGAUGAGUUUGAACCCAUUUUCACUCAAGAUCAAUAUUUUUUCAACCUCCCAGAAAACUAUAACAUAAGACAAUUGAUUGGCAGAGUGGAAGCAUCAGAUGCAGACGCUGGUACUGAUGGCGUUAUUCUUUACUCCCUUGAAAGUCCAUCUCCUUUCUUUUCAGUAAAUAAAACGAAUGGAAAUAUUUAUUUGACGAGAGCCCUUCCCCUCAUAAGAAGUCAAGUCAGCAAAGAAGACAUGAUUGAAAUAAAAAUAAUCGCUCAUAGCCCUAAGCAGGACUCUAAGGUCGCUUCUUGCACUAUUUUCGUGAACGUGUCUUUUGCCUCGGAAGGAAAACACUCGGCAGUGUCAGCUAGCCGCUUCUCCAUCAGCCUCGCCGUCUCCUCUUUAGCGUUUCUGUUACUCAUCAUCCUUCUGACUAUCCUGAUUGUAAGACAUAAACAAAAAGAUGCAGGCAACGGUUACGAAGACAAGAAAACGUCAUCAGCCUUAGAUAUCAGUUUGAGACUGACCAGGGAUGCCAGCAUGCCCAAACCCUUCCAGACCUCGGAUGCCUGCAGUGAGGAGGCGGUGCCCGCGGACUCCACGCCGGAAUGGGUGAGUUUAAUAAGCACCAUGGGAAAGGACGUGGGCCAUCUGUACCGGCACCCCCACUCCAGUGGCCGCUGCUCUGUGGACGGAGAAACGGCAGAAGAUAAGGAGAUCCAGAGGAUCAAUGAGCACCCUUACAGGAAGGACUCUGCCUCAGCUCUGAGUGACCGGGAGUCCAGGGUGCCCGACUCCGGAAUCCCAAGGGACUCAGACCAGCUCUCCUGCGUGUCUGGGGAAACUGACGUGGCGGUCUCUGUGGUAACAGCAGAAACCAGCCAUGCACUCGAGGAAGGAGAUGGAAGAGAAGGCUGUGGCACAGCCUACAUUCAAAAUGAUACGCUGCCCCAGACACUAAGGAAGAGCCAGGUCCAAGCGGACAUCCCGGCCGAGGUCAGGAAAGAGCCGGUCUUUAUUUCAGGCGAUGCGGAAGCAAGAUGCGCAACACAGAGAACCUCUGAUCGCGACGGGAGAGGCAGCUAUCCCUGGAAUUAUCUCCUCAGUUGGGAACCCAAGUUCCAACCUCUGGCCUCGGUAUUUAAUGAUAUUGCAAAACUGAAGGACGAACAUUCCCAUGAACCUGCGACUCCCAAAGAGAAGAAGUCCUUUGUUUUCCCACCCCCUUUGAUCACAGCAGUAGCCCAACCCGGGAUUAAAGCAGUUCCACCGAGAAUGCCAGCCAUGACCCCAGGGCCGGGCCUUCACAAAUACCCACACUCCCCGCUUCUCUACCAGCUCAGUUCCCGGCCUGAAGCCAUGACUCCCAGUUUUUCUCCAUCCCUUUCCCUGCUGACAGCCCAGACCCCUGCCAUGACUCCACUGCUGUCGCAUGGAGAUUUCUUAGGAGCACAUCUAAGCGAUGCGUGCCAUGAACUUAAAGCAGAAGACGAAGUUCAGAUAUAAACCAAUUGUGAUGCCGAUUGCACUGCUCACCGUCGGUCAGGAAUGGUUGAACAGAACAUUCUUAAGCAAGCUUCUCCAGGCCAGGUUCAUUUUAUCCACACGGGAGUGAUAUCAUUUUGUCAGGGUUUUUAGAACCUCCGCAUUUAAGUUUCUCAAAUUUCCUCUCCCAGCCUUAAAGAGAAGUUACCUCCUCCUUUAACCUUUAAUGUUUUGCUCUCAGGACUCCUUUGUAUAUAUUAAGUAGUAUAUAUUCGUCAUACCUGGUUUUCUGUAUGAUUAGAUUUCCAGAGGACACAGUGAACUUGACUGACUACCAACGUGUUUAUAUAAAAACAAAUGGAAAUAAAGUUCAGGUAUAGUCACUCAGUCACAUUGCUGCUGAUUACCUAGUAAUUUGGGAGGAUAAACUUAAGUUUUAAAGUGAAGCCAUUUUCUGUGUACCUGACAUGUUUAGAGUUGCAUUUCUCCACUUUCACCAUCAGCCACACUGGUGGAGUUAGCCAUAAUUUGAAUUUUAAUGUGGUGUCUUUUGGAAAUUUAAUUAAGUAUGAAAUUUGUCAUAACUCUGUGCCAAAUAAGAAAGUUAUUCUUUUUUAAAUGAACCAGGAAUGUGUGUUCUUGACGGAGGGCCAGGGUUGAUAAAAGCAAUAAGCUUGUGUUUGGCUGUCCCUGAGACACAUUUAAUUGACCUUUACAAAUAGAAUGAUGAUUUUUUUUAGCGUCUGUCUUG